AUGGCCAGCCGUCCUCGUCGAGUAGCAGAAGUGUUAGAUCAAGCGAGGCUCCACGAGUGGUGCAGUCAACGUUUGCAAAUAUGCAGGCGUUUUGCCAUUCUGCAGAAUGCUAUGCUGUUGGAGCCAGUAGCAACGAAACCCGUUGCCUGCUUGUUGGAGUUGCCCAACAUGGUUGCAAGAAGGCAAAACGCACUGGAGCGUGCGCAGAGCUUUGGGGCCCCCGGCCACGACCUCAUCCGCAUCCACUCGCCGACAUUGGAGAAGGGCUCGGCGGCAGGGAAGCAGCAUUACUGGCGAGGAUUUACUUCCACUACCGGCGAUUUUGAACGCAUAACUUCACUAGCGUAUGAGCUGCAAGCUACAGCGCGAUUACUUAGCGACCAUUUAGCAACAUUUGUGAGUACAGUUGAUUCACUAUCUGGUUCGCUCACCAAAGAACAAGAAGAUCAGGCCGUAGAGUACAUGGAAAACGCACAUACCGCAAUUGAUCGCGCUGAGCGGCUAGCUAUUGAACUUGAAGCCAAACGCAUAAGUAUACGGGAAGUAAUGCACACCGAUAGGACACCCGCACCGAGAACACAGGGGCAAGGAUUAGGGCAGCACGAAACCAAUCCACCGAAGCUCCCUACCAUUCCCAUCCCGAAUUUCGAUGGAAAAAUAUGGGAAUAUGACAACUUUUGGACGCUUUUUCAAGAUAAUUGCGCUCCGGGAGAAGCUCGUGAACUAAUAAAGCGAUACCCAGUCACAGACGACAAUUAUAUGUUGGCAAUUGAUCUCAUAAAAAAGAAGUAUGGCAACAAGGCGGAACUCGUGAGGGUACUGCAGAAACGCCUGGACAACGCGAAAGCAGACAAACCCUCGACCCAAGGGCAAAGGAAGCUACUGGAAUAUAUCAUUCCCCUGGUUAUGCAGCUACACAAAUUAGAAGUGAAUCUGGACGGCUCGUACAACACCCAAAAAGUGUUGUCCAAGUUUACACCUAGAAUCCAACGCAAGAUCCUUGAGGACCUUAACGACCCAAGGAUAUGUCGGAAAAUGCAUGGAAAAUGCAACGCAUCAAACUGUCAAGGGAAGAAACAUUUCCACGCGUUAUGUCCUCGGAGACAAACGAAUGCAACCGUCACGAAACAGUUCACACGCCAACAAAACCGGAAGAGGCCAAAACACAACAUGGGCCAACGCAGAGAAAUAGUCAAAAUUCUCAAAACAAACACGCGCACCCGAUCCAAAUUGGUACCACAAGCCAAGAGGAAAGACACUAUCAUGGCAUGGGCAGACAAUAAUCCUGACAUUUCUGUAUCACACCAAGGAACUCCAAGGGAAAGUGUGCUCCUUCUAACCGGAGUAGCGCACAUAUGGAAUACAAAACGGCAAGAAUUGCAAUCGGCGCAGAUCAGUCCUUUAUAA